AUGCCCGUGAGUCGAAGGUUCCAUUCAUCUUCUCUCCCUCGGAACCUUUUGCCCAAUCCAUGCAUCGUCACCAUCCGUCCCUCCGUCCGUCCCUCCGUCCGUCCCUCCGUCCGUCCGUCCCUCCGUCCGUCCGUCCCUCCGUCCGUCCCUCCGUCCGUCCGUCCCUCCGUCCGUCCCUCCGUCCCUCCGUCCCUCCCUCCGUCCCUCCCUCCGUCCCUCCCUCCGUCCCUCCCUCCGUCCGUCCCUUCGUCCGUCCCUCCGUCCGUCCCUCCGUCCCUCCCUCCGCCCCUCCGUCCGUCCAUCCACCUCGACCACAUGCCUCUCGCAUCCUCCUUUUCUCCCUCCUCACCCCUUCCUCUUCGCCCCGCUCCCCUCCCCACUCGCCCCUCCCUCGUGCAGGCUCGUGACGUUGAUAAAGCUAAUCUUGCGCUGCGUGCGUUCGUCCGUUACCCAAAGCUCUUGGCUUCAUUGGAGCUAAACUCCCCUUCUGCGCGCUCAUGUUCCCCUCACACACAGCAGCCGCCUCUUCCCCCCGUGCACCUACUCCCCUCACUGCAGUCCCUCUCUCUCCUCUACGUUCCCUCAGACUACCUCUCCAUUCCCCGCUGCUCCUCCCUCACCUCGCUCACCCUCUGGGGCCCUGAAUCCUCCUCCCUCUCCUCCCUAGCCUUCUCCCCCUCUUCCUGUGCUUCCUCCUCCUCCGUUGCUUCCUCCCCCCCAUCCUCUCUCCGCACGUCUCUCACGUCCCUCACCAUUUACUCCGCCCAGUUGUCAUGCUCCUUCGCACCCCUAACCUUCUUUCCCUCCCUCUCCUCCCUCUCCCUCCACUCCUGCUCUAUCGACCGUUAUGAGCUCCGCGCCCUCUCACGUUCCCUCUACAGACUCACUCACAUAACAAUCCACUCCUGCGCGUUCGUCUCCUCCCACUCUCUCAUCCCCAUCCUCCAAGCCAACCCAGCUCUCUCCUCCCUCUCCCUGCACGGAACGAAUUACCGUCUGGCGGUUCGUGAGUCCAAUGCGGCUGUUGAGUGGGAGGAGAAGCUGAUGAGGGCGUUCGUUGCUGCUUCUGCUGAUCCUGCUGCUGCUGCUGCUGCUUCUUCUGCUGCUUCUGCUGCUGCUUCUGCUGGGUCCAAGACAGCUGCUGCCAGUGAAUCCAGAAGAACAACCACUGCUGGGCAGGCCACAGGGUUCUUUUCUACAGAGCUAAGUUCUGGAGAAGAGGACAUGGAUGGGGAGGAGGACGGGGAUAGUAUUAGGGGCAUGGAUGUCAUUCUGUUUAAUGAUUUCUCGCCUGAGAGUGUGCUGGGUCGAGUGCGGUCCGGUGCGGCGGAGGCACGUGAAGAUGUAGUGCGCAUGCUGCGGGCACUGGCGGGCGAGCUGCGGGAACAAGGUUUAGCCGUGCAUGAUAUCUCUCGUUCCUUGCACCAACCCGGCACUACUCUGAGAGCCACCCUCUUGCGACUAAUGACGGGUGCGGUAGCAGCAGGAGGAGUUGGAGCAGCAGCGACGAUAACAAGAGUUGCUGGAGCAACAGUAGUGGCACGAAGAGGAGGAAGAGCUCGGUUAGUAGCAACCUUAGCAGCAGCAGCAGCAGCAGCAGCAGCCGCAGCAUCAGAAGCAGCAGCAGCAGCAGCAGUUGCAGAAGUAGUAGCAGCAGCAGCAACUGCAGCAGAAGCAGCAGUAUCAGCAGCUCCAGCAGCAGCAGCAGCAGCAGCUGGAGGGGAUGAAGCAGCAGCAGCGCAUGUGGCAGCCGCAACAGGAGAAGGAAGAACAGCAGGGCAUGGAGUGAGAAGGGAAAUCUUGGCACCACAACGGGUGGAAAGCACACACGAAGACAAAGGGCCAGAGGCGUUGGCACCAGGGGAGGUUGCACCAGGGGAGGUGGCGCCUGGGGAGGUUGCACCAGGGGAGAUGGCACCUGGGGAGUCCAUUGCUCGAGUUGCUGUUUUUGGACAGCUGAAGCGGCUUGUCCUGCUGUGCUGCUCGGGGUUGGAGGAAGAGGAGUGA